AUGCAGAGUGGAAACGGCAACCGCCUCAGCGACCGCCUUUCUCUCCGUGAGCGUGUGUCUGUCUGUCUGCCUGUGUGCGUGUGUGAGGCCGCCGUCAUGGACGAGGAUCGACGCAGGGCGAAGCAAAAGCAGAACCAGCAGAAAUGGCUGGAGCGGCAGGAGCGGUCACGGCUAAACCGCGCGGAGAUUCGCGAGCUGCGCACACGCCUCGAGGAGCUGCGCGCCGCACUUGACGCCGCGGAGACGGACGGCCACGCGGCUGGGCAGCAGACGGAGGCGGGGGAAACGCACGCGUACACGCACUUCAAGCAGCUGCCCCUGUCGCAGCGCACGCAGCUCGGCCUCGAGCGCGGCGGCUACAAGCGCAUGACGCCCAUCCAGGGCGACGCGCUGCACCUCGCGCUCGCCGGCUACGACGUGCUCGGCGCCGCCAAGACGGGCUCCGGCAAGACGCUGUGCUUCGUCGUGCCGGUGCUCGAGCGGCUCUUCGUGGAGCAGUGGGACGCGGCGAUGGGGGUUGGGGCGCUCGUCCUGAGCCCCACCCGCGAGCUCGCGCUGCAGAUCUUCAAGGUGCUGCAGCUCGUCGGCUACAAGCACACCCUCUCCGCGGCGCUCCUCACCGGCGGCCGCGACGUGGAGGAGGAGCGGAAGCGGCUGGCGGCGAUCAGCAUCAUCGUCGGCACGCCGGGCCGCGUGCUGCACCACCUCGAGGACGACGCGAACCUCGUGACGGACAACCUGCAGCUCUUCGUCAUGGACGAGGCGGACCGGCUGCUGGACAUGGGCUUUCGUGACGCCGUCUGCGGUAUCCUGCGCCACCUGCCCACCGCCCGGCAGACGCUGCUCUUCUCCGCGACGCAGACGACGGAUGUGCAGAUGCUCGCCCAGAUGUCGCUGCGGAAUCAGCGGUACGUCACGGCACACGCCGCCACGGCCGCCCCCACGCCAGCGACGCUCUGCCAAAACUUUAUUGUGCUUGAGCUGCACCGCAAGUUAGACGCCCUUCUCAUGUUUCUCAAGCGACACCCGAAUGACAAGACGGUCGUCUUUGUAAGCACCUGCAAUCAGGUGCGGUACAUGUACCUCGCCUUCUCCAAGAUCCUAAAGAAGAUGCGCAUCCCGUCCAUGUGUCUCACGAGCAAAAUGAAACAGUUCCGUCGAGAGGAGGUGUUCCUGACCUUCUGCCGCUGCAAGGCUGCCGUUCUCUUCUGCACCGAUAUCGCCGCACGCGGGCUGGACUUCCCGCUUGUGCACUGGGCCGUGCAGUACGACUGCCCGGACAGCGCACAGACGUACAUUCACCGUGCCGGGCGCACCGCCCGCGCCGGGGCUCGCGGGGUGAGCCUGCUCUUCCUGACCCCGCAGGAGACCCCCAUGCUCUCCUUCCUCGCCCACAAGCACGUCCCGCUGCGCGAGAUCGCCUUCCGCCCUGGGAUGCUGCAGGAGUCAAAGGAGAUCUUCGUCGCGUUGGUGGUGCAGGGGCUCAAGUAUGAGGCGCAGAAGGCCUUCAUCGCGUACCUCCGCUCCGUCUACUUCGCUGCCAACAAACUCGUCUUUAACGUCGGCGGCAUCGACGUCGGGGCCUUCGCCCACUCGCUCGGGCUUCUGAAGGUGCCUAACAUGGCGGAGCUGCAGAACCUGCGGCGGGGGGCGAAGAACCUGCCCUGGGACGUCGUCAACUACAUGGCGCAGCGUGAGCAGCAGCAGCAGCAGGACCCGCAGCGGCAGCAGCACCUCACACGCCGUGAGAAGCACCUCGCCGCGUCAGACAUGUUCCGCACGAUGCAGCAAAAACAGCGCUACGCAACGCACGACGAGGACAGCGAGGGGGCGGAGGAGGGGAGCCGCAGGGGCCCUCGCGACGAGGCGAGUGGGAGGCCCGCCGGCGGUGACGACGCGGAGGAGGGGGAGGAGGACGACGGCUUCCUCGUGCGACUCCCGCGCACAGCCGCCGCCUGCCCGCAGACCAACUACGACACGCGCAGCGGCACAAAUGAGGGCGACGGCGGCGGUAGUGCGCCGCAGCCGCAGGGGGCGGCGUCCACACGGUUGACCGCGGCUGAGCGCAUGGCCGGCCUCUCAAAGCGGAAGCUGCGGAAAUUUGUCCAGGCGGCGGACCUGCGGGUGCGGGACCUCGGCCUCAGCGAGCGCAUCGUCUUCGAGGACGACGACGACGACGAGGCGGAGGCGGAGGCGGAGGGCGAGACGGAGCGACGCGGCGCCCUCCUCGCGGCGGCGGUGGGGGCGACGCACGGGAGCAGCGACGAGGCGCACGACGUCGACUACGCGGGGCGGCUGCGGGAGCGCAUGCUGCGCGAGGCGGGCGGCGACGCGGACCGCGCGAAGCGCCUCCGGCGGCUCCGGCGGCUGCAACGCGACGGAAAAGUCGCGAAGCGCGUUUCCCUCAGCGAAGUCGGCGCGUCCGCCGGCAGGCGUCGCACCCACCGCGACGGCGACACCGACGACGGCAGCAGCGACGAGGACGACGGCGGGUCCCUCUCGCGGCUCCUGAAGGCCGCACGGGGCGAAUUGUACGACGACAGCGAGGGCGACUCCGACGCCGCGGACACGCCGGGGCGGCCCCCGCAGAAGAAGGCCAGACACGCGUAA